UUCCCCACGCACACCGGUCAGAAAGAACGCACUCGCACAAGGAAGAGACGGAGCGAGCGCGCGCGGGUGGGCGAUCGGCGAUGCCGAGGUCUCCGGCGGGCGAGCGCCUGACGCUCGAGGACUACAUCCUCUUCUUCACCACCCGCAGCGGCCAGGGCCUCAGCCUCGGCCACCUCAACCAGAUCAUCUACAUGCACGCGUUCGCCAAGCUCCACCGCGAGAACAAGACAACGAUCGUGGACGCGCUCAAGUCGGUCGACCUCAUGCGCCCGCGCCGCUCCACCGUCUCCAUCAACGCCACCACGCCUCCGCCGGGCGCCGCCCCGGCCGCGGCCGCCGCGCUCUCCACGGAGGAGGCCACUCGCGACAUCGAGGACAUCGGCUGGCGCGAGUGUCCCGUCAGCUCCCUCCUCUCCGUCCGCGCCGGGUUGCGGGCGCCCGCCGCCUCCUCCGUGCCCCUCUCCGCCAUCCCCCCCGCCUCCCCCGUGCCCCUAGCCGCCAUCGCCCCCGCCUCCGCGGAGCGCGUUCCCCCGCCGAGCGUAAUCAGCGCCUCCUCGCCCCUCCCCCUCGCGCUGCCGGCGCCCGCAAGGAGGAAGCGGCCGGCGACGAGCAAGGGGAAGGCGGCGAUGAGGACGAGGAAGAGGUGCGUGGUGGAGCUGCUCACGCUCCCGUCCGUCGAGAUGGCUACCUCCGCCUAACGACGGCGGCCUGUCUCGCCGCCACCUAGCUCUGCUCACGCCUCGUCUGCAGGCAGGACACCGCAGGCUUGGCCUCUGCCUCUCCUUGGUUCUUAAUUAUACUACUAGUAAGUAGCACUGGUGUUAGUUUUGGUAUGGAUUUGGUUAGCUUAACUCGUGUUAAUGCUCUGGUAGAAUCGAGUAGUGGAUUGUAAAGGAUCAAAUUAAGCUGAGUUUCCUAAAAAAAGAUCAAAGCUAAGCUUGUUUAGUUAAUGCUGUUGCAAGAUGCGUCGUUUGUGGUGA